AGGGGUGCUAAUCCCCUGCACUUUCCCCGUGCAAAUUCUGUCCAGAUCCUACGAAUUAGCGCCGAUGGAUGUCGCCAUGGACAUGGAGGGCCUUUCAGUGGCCGAGGUGGUGAUGACCACCGCUUUAGUGGUCGCUGGGCGUGCCACUGCCGUCUUCUUCGUGAAAAAGUGCCUCAGUCAUACGGAUGAUCUCUACGCCACCGCAGACAACGUCUAUUCCAUCUUCUUCCAUUCCUACAUCUUUUGGCUGGCCACGGACGUGAGCAUCCACCUGAGAGGAGCGUCGAUCGAUGAUGCCGACAGCGCUCAGCUCCGGCUGCACGGCACGACGCGCUCGUCGAAUCUCUACCUGUGGCUGUUUGUGAUCGACAACACCGUCCACAUUCCCCUGCAGCUCUCCAAGGAUGUGCCAUUUGCCAAGCGCGCCACGGUUGCGGCGCAUCAUCUGGUCAGCAACAUUUGCUAUCUCGGAGGUUUGUGGACGCAGAGGAUGCACUUCUGGGGAUGCCUGGCCGGGCUCUGCGAGAUCACCAAUCCGCUGCUCUCCGUGGUCUUCAUGCUGAAGGAGCUGAAUCUCGCGCAGCAGCCAGAAGGGCCAUGGCCGCGGGUGUUCGAGGGUUUCUCGCUCCUCACAUGGGUGUCCUUCCUCCUGUUUCGAAUUCUGCUGCUUCCUUCCUGGAUCCUUCUCUUCUCCCUGGACAUCAAGCUGCACCCUCAUGUGUCGGAAACCACCACCCUUGUGGAAAGAGUGGGCUAUCCGCUCACAGUCCUCGCCGUGCUGCUGAUGUCCAUCCUUUGGAUGGUGCCGCUGACCAAGGGCCUGGUGAAAAUCUUCCAUGGAGCCUCCCGAGCUGUACCUUUGCGGAAGUCUCAGUGACUGCAGUUGUGCAGGGGGAUGCCAGAUACCAGCUUCCAUUGGCGCAUUCAUGCUCUGCGAACGCUUUACUGUACCGUCAGAGUACAGUGUAGUGCAUAGUACGCUCAGUGUGUACCUGUGUGCUCUAAUAGUUAUGUGCUACUCCAAAUGGAGACAGACAAGCGGCCAUGUUUGUCCCUAAAAUGAAUCGUGCACGUGCUACUUGCUGAGUGUGAACCUCAACUACUCUGGGCU